AUGCCACUUCCCCCCAGCUGGAGUUGUAAUCGAUCUAACGCUAUCACCACGCCUACCAUCCCCGACGAAAACUCCCCCUCCCAAUUGGAACCCCCUCAAGGUCUACGGAUAGAUCAGAUGACGGAGCUCUGGGAACCGGGUUCUCCGCCCUGUGCAGGUCUUUCCAAAGUAUCACCCUUUGUUGCUCCCGCUAGUUCCUUCCAUCGAUACUCCCCAUUACCUCCCUACACUGCGGUUGUUGGCGAUCUUGGAGUUUGUCUGGAUCUGCGACAGUAA